AAUAUCAUACAAUCAUGUGAAUUUUUUUUGGGGAAAUGUUCUCUCAGAUUCUCUCUCGUUUCUUUGAUCUCCAUUUUUGAACGAGUAAAUAAUUCCAUGCUUUUCAUCUCUCUAACUCUGCUUCUAGUUUGUAAAUUAUCAGAUUGGAUUCCAAUUCUUUAAAUGUUUAUAGUUAUUUAAUUUCAAAUCAGAUUCAUUAUAAAUUACAAUAUUUAUGAGCAAAUCUCCGUUGAAUUAGCAUAUAAUUUGGAGUUUUGAUAUCGUUGAUUGAUUUGGGAGAGUGCAUUUAGAGGAGAAAGGUUGCAAAUUAGGGUUUUCUAACAAUUGUUGUUGUUUGGAGCCAAAUUGGUUUCUAUUGAUGGGAUUAUUAGAGACCAGUAAUCUGGAUAAUUUGGAAGCUACAUUUCAGGGAAGAGAGCUAAUAAGGACUUGAGAUUGAGUUUGUAUUUUGAUGGGGAACAAUUGUGUAGGACCCAAUCUUAGUUCUAAUGGAUUCUUACAAUCUGUUACUGCUGCUGUUUGGCGUACGCGGCCACCGGAGGACAGGUUGCCGCCUCCUUCCAAAGAAGAAAACAGCAGCAAUGGUGAUGAAUCAAAAAAAUCUGAGGGUUCUAAGAAAGGAUCGGACAAAGACAAUGCCUCGAUUCAAAAUACCCCACCUGAAACUGUUGAGAUCCCCAAUCAAACACUACCUAAAUUGAUGGACCAUGAAAAAUCGAUUAAGCCUGAGAUGAGGGAUGUGGCGAUCAAUAAGCCUGCGGAGGAUCCGAAGCCCAAGAAACCCAAUAAUGUGAAGAGAAGUACGAGCGCUGGCCUUCAGACGGAAUCGGUGUUAGGAAGGAAAACUGGGAAUUUAAAGGAGAUUUAUAGCUUGGGGAGAAGGCUUGGACAAGGGCAAUUUGGGACCACGUUUCUCUGCAUUGAGAAAGCAACUGGGAAAGAGUUUGCAUGCAAAUCCAUUGCAAAGAGGAAGUUGACUGCGCAUGAGGAUGUUGAGGAUGUUAGGAGGGAAAUUCAGAUAAUGCACCAUUUGGAGGGUCACCCCAAUGUGAUAAAGAUUUUGGAUGCUUAUGAGGAUGCUGUUGCAGUUCAUGUUGUUAUGGAACUUUGUGCAGGUGGGGAACUUUUUGAUAGAAUUAUUCAGAGGGGGCAUUAUACUGAGAGAAAGGCUGCUGAGCUUGCAAGGUUGAUAGUUGGCGUUGUGGAAGCAUGCCAUUCUUUAGGUGUUAUGCACCGCGACUUGAAGCCUGAGAAUUUUCUAUUUGUCAGUCAGGACGAGGAGGCACCGCUUAAAACAAUAGAUUUUGGGCUCUCAGUUUUCUUCAGGCCAGGUGAAACUUUCUCUGAUGUAGUUGGGAGCCCCUACUAUGUAGCCCCAGAAGUGUUGAAAAAACAUUAUGGUCGAGAAUGUGAUGUUUGGAGUGCCGGGGUCAUCAUUUAUAUUUUACUAAGUGGUGUUCCCCCAUUCUGGGAUGAAACGGAACAAGGAAUAUUUGAACAGGUUUUAAGAGGUGAACUAGACUUCAUAUCAGAACCGUGGCCUAAUAUAUCUGAAAGUGCAAAAGAUCUGGUCAGAAGAAUGCUAGUGAGGGACCCUAAAAAGCGGAUGACGGCCCAUGAAGUUCUCUGCCACCCUUGGGUUCAGGUGGAUGGCAUUGCCCCUGAUAAACCUCUUGAUUCUGCAGUUCUAAGUCGUUUGAAGCAAUUCUCAGCCAUGAACAAAAUCAAGAGAAUUGCCAUUCGAGUCAUUGCCGAAAGCCUGUCUGAAGAAGAAAUUGCAGGCCUAAAAGAAAUGUUCAAGAUGAUAGACGCAGACAAUAGUGGACAGAUUACUCUUGAGGAACUGAAGAAGGGUUUGGAAAGAGUGGGAGCUAAUCUCAAGGAUUCUGAAAUUAUUGGGUUGAUGCAAGCAGCAGAUAUUGACAACAGUGGUACCAUAGACUAUGGUGAAUUCAUAGCAGCGAUGCUUCAUCUAAACAAGAUUGACAAGAAGGAUCAUCUAUUUUCAGCCUUCUCAUACUUUGAUAAAGAUGGGAGUGGGUACAUCACUCAAGAUGAGCUCCAACAGGCUUGUGACCAAUUUGGCUUGGGCGAUAUUCAACUGGCAGAUCUAAUACGUGAAGUUGACCAAGAUAACGAUGGACGCAUUGAUUACAGUGAAUUUGUGGAUAUGAUGCAAGAUACUCGCUGGUCAGACCGGACAACAAAAUAACUUAAUGUAUUGGAUUCGAAGAUGCCUUGCAAGCAUUAGUACCUGACCUGGUAUGCCAACAGAGUCGGUAGUUAAUAUUGUAGUUUCUAACUAGCAUUUCUGUGAUAAGUUAAACAGAUAUGGAGUGCAUCCCAUUGUAAAGAUCAGGCAGGCUUCAGAAAGGGUGGGAGAAUGAGUGUCUUUUUCAUUUUAUUCUUUUCUUCAUGUAUUUACUUUUCAGUUGACUAUUGAGUAUAUUAAGUUGGAUUAGAUUGCAGUUUUCCAA